GAAUUUUCGGGGGAACUAGUGGUUUGACACUAGCUAGCACUCUAGUACUCACUGAUCGCUCUAAAAUGUUGUUGUCGUUUGGGACCCGAGUACCGCUAACCCUCACUAAACCUGUCCUAUGUACUAGUAAGGUAAGCCUAUGAGGAGCCCAUCUUUGUUAGUUCCAACAGCCAUUCUUUCGCUGACGCUGUCUGUUAAUAUCUUCCUCCCAAUGUACACUGCGCCCGCUGCUUCAUUCCAAAUUCUAAUUUAUCCGAGUUCAAGCGCCCACUGUUCACACCAGAGCUCAAAUCACAAAUAUGACGUCGCCUUCACGCUCCCAGUGGCUUCCACGCAUUCACCCCUUCGACAUCUACCAUAGGAACGCUUCGACACCGUCACCUACGAAGGACCGUUGGCCUUUAUGAAAUUAGCUAUAUUAACAUAUCACGAAUGUAGUCUUUAUGUUUGUUGAUAAUUAAUAAACUCCCAAGUAACACUUAA